CCCAGCCUCAGUGGGAAGGUAGCACUAGUCACAGGCGCAAACUCUGGCAUCGGCUUGCACACAGUGAAACAUCUCGCAUCUAAAGGCGCCAAAGUCUACUACACCGCCAGAUCCGAAGCCAAAGCCAAAGCGGCCAGACAGGAAAUACGCUCCUUAGCACCCGAGAUUCCUGAAAACUUGCUGGUUUGGCUUCAGCUCGAUCUUGGCGAUACCGGCAGUGUGCUGAAGGCAACUGCAUGGAUGAAAGAGCACGAGUCUAAGCUUGAUAUUUUGAUCAACAACGCAGGGUUGGCAACAAAGGAUCUCGAGACCAACGAAGCUGGUUGGGAAACAGCCAUGGCAAAUGCAGCGGCCGUCAAAGACGCCGAUGUUCGCGUCAUUACCGUCUCAUCGAGCGCGAACCACAUAAUUCUCCCCGCGGACUAUACAUUCGACUUCUCCAGCCCAGCGUUUCUCCGAGGCGAACUUCCGUAUGAGCCGUGGAAGUACCGCUACGUGCAGAAGCGCAUGUUCACCAUUAAUGUCCUGCUGUAUAGCAUGGCUAAGCUUGCCAAUGUCCUGUUCGCGCAGGAACUUCAACGACGCUUCGAUCAAGCCAAUAUUCCUAUUACUUCCCUAUCGAUCAACCCAGGAGCCGUCAAGAGCGAUAACGCUGUGGGCAUCUUCUCCUUUUUCUUGCAGCCGAUCAUGAGACGGGCUAUGCUGGAGUUGGACGAGGGCUCUUUCACAACCCUAUUCGCCGCUACUGCUCCAGAGGUCUGGCGAAAGCCGGAGGUGUACAAGGGCAAAUAUUUGGAGCCUUUUGGUGAGGUCAAGGAGCCUCAUCGCGUUUCAAAGGAUCUGAACCAGGUGCGAGCUUUUUGGGAGACGACA